CACGAACGAAAAAAAAACAGAGAGAUAGGAGAACAACCUAGAUCUCUAUCUCCCACGCGCGAGCGAGAGCAGAGCAGAGCAGAGCAUCCAUGGGGUCGUCGUCGGGGGAGGAGGGGGAGGAGCAGUGGGUGCCGCCCAGCCGGCGUCCGGAGCUGGCGGACGUGGCGCCGCUGCCGCAGGCCGACGGGCCCUGCCCCGUCGUCUCCAUCGCCUACCGCGACGACUUCCGCGAGGUCAUGGACUACUUCCGCGCCCUCUACGCCGCCGGCGAGCGCAGCCCCCGCGCCCUCCGCCUCACCGCCGACGCCAUCCACCUCAACCCCGGCAACUACACUGUAUGGCAUUUCAGGCGCGUUGUUCUAGAGGCACUGGAUGCUGAUUUAUUGCUAGAAAUGCAUUUUGUGGACCAAAUUGCUGAAUCUAAUCCAAAAAAUUACCAAGUCUGGCAUCACAAGAGAUGGCUUGCUGAGAAAAUAGGACCAGAUGCUGCAAAUAGUGAACAUGACUUUACAAGGAAGAUACUUGCUAUGGAUGCUAAAAACUACCAUGCUUGGUCCCAUAGGCAGUGGGUUCUUCAAGCAUUGGGUGGAUGGGAGAGUGAACUGCAGUACUGCAACCAGCUUCUUGAGGAAGAUGUCUUCAAUAACUCAGCUUGGAAUCAGAGAUACCUUGUGGUAACACGAUCACCAAUUCUUGGGGGCCUUGCGGCAAUGCGCGACUCAGAAGUAGAUUACACAGUUGAGGCCAUUAUGGUGAACCCUCAGAAUGAAAGCCCCUGGAGAUACCUCAGAGGUUUAUAUAAGGAUGAUAACAAUUUGCUGGUGGCUGAUAAUCGCAUUUCGGAUGCUUGCCUCAAGGUCCUGAAUAAGGAUUGGACAUGCGUAUUUGCUUUGAGCUUCCUGCUUGAUCUUCUUCGCAUGGGUUUGCAGCCUUCGGAUGAUCUUAAAGGAACCAUCGAAGCAAUGGAGAACUCUGAUCCUGAAACGGGACAUGCUGAUAUUGCAGUAGCUGUCUGCUCAAUCCUGCAGAAAUGUGAUCCCCUGCGGAUAAACUACUGGUCAUGGUACCAGACCACUCUUUCUUCAUAGACAUCUGAAAAUUCAGCUGAAGAUAGUUUUAGCAGCAUGAUGUAAACUCAAUCGAAGGGGUUGACGCAGUGUAUGAAAAACCUUUCCUAUGAUCUUGGCGCGGAGCAAAAUUUGUACUGAUUUUACCGGGAAAAAUCAAUCAAUGACAGCAUGCCCAACAAUGUCUUGUGUGAAUAUGUUACUGCCUGAUAUUCACAUGUUAGCAGAAUGAGAAUAACCAACCAAACUCCAAUGAGCAGAUUGUUAAAGUAACGGCCACUGGUGGUGUGAAAAUCCUGAAAUCUGCUUCAGUCACUUUGCCUUGUUUACAGUUGAGUCUGUUGUUGUGAUCUGUACCUAAUGCAUGUACACAAUCAUCAAAUUAUUAGUUUUUGUACCAAUGUGUGCUCGAUGUAAUCAUCAUGUAUUCCCUCCUUCCAAAAUACGAGUCAUAUAUAUUAGUUUUGUCUUAAUUUGAACUUACAUCAACA